AUGACACAGCAGCAGCAGCAUCAACAGCAGCAGCAGCACGGCAGUAGUUGGUACUCACAUGUUGCUUCCUACCCAGCAGCCUCGGCCUCCCACUCCCACCCCCUCUCUCACUCGGCCUUUGGCCCUGCGCCCCCUUGCAAGGCCAACAUCAGCAACAACAACGCAAACAACAUUAUGGGCGCCUAUGGAGGAGGAGUGGGAGGGAGUGGAGGCUCGCAUGGAUAUUUCGGCGCCGCUGGCGGUGGCCUCAAUGUCAGCGGGCGGGGUGGUGCUGGGUCGUCCUACGGCCUUGGGGCCAACACGGUGGCAUAUGCUCACAACCAACUGCUACAGUACCAGCAUCAUCAUCAGCAAAACCAGCAGCAGCAGCAGCACAUAGGCCUGGGCCAGCGAUCCUAUAUGGGCCACGAUGUCAUGGCCGGGAGCUAUCCCUAUAUCAAGAGCGAACCCUUAGAGGUUCAGCAGCCGCCGAAUCCAAUGGCCCCACCUCCGGCACCAGAAAUGAUGAAAAAUGUGAGUAUUAGUACGGAGCCCAUUGACGACCUGGCCUACAAGUCAAACUACAUAGACGACAAUACGCCAUUUGCGGACUUCAGCAUUAGCGAAUUCAGCGAGGACAUGCGUCCCAAAGUCGAGCUGACUGUCAAGGAUGAGUCCUUCGUCAGGAACCCCAAUAGCUUUUUACGCCGUAAGCAACAAUCGAUCACGACAGCAGAGAGCCUGCCCGUCUGCCAGCGAUGCAAGGAGGUGUUCUUCAAAAAGCAGACUUACCUGCGGCACGUCGCGGAGAGCAACUGCGGCAUCCAGGAGUAUGUUAAAUGCACCAUAUGCCCUAUGUCCUUCAUGACCGCCGAGGAGUUACAACAGCACAAACAACAGCAUCGAGCGGACAGGUUCUUCUGUCACAAGUGCGGAAAGCAUUUUGCCACGAUCGCUGAGUGCGAGUCGCACGAGUACAUGCAGCGAUACGAAAACAUUGUGUGCAACAUGUGCUCGGGAUCUUUCGCCACGCGGGAACAACUGUAUGCCCACUUGCCACAGCACAAGUUCCAGCAGCGCUUUGACUGCCCCGUAUGUCGGCUGUGGUACCAAACGGCUAUGGAACUGCACGAGCAUCGCCUAGCUGCACCUUACUUCUGCGGUAAAUACUACACAAGUGGACAAUCCCGGUCCGUCCUCCAACAGCAACCGCACGAGAGCCAGACGAACUACAAGCUGCAGGACUGUCAUAUGGCACCAUGGAAAGUAAUGCCAAGCGCACCGCUUCUUAGACGAACUCAUCCAACUCGCCUGCCUUGCCUGCGACAGCAGCGCUUAUUCACUGCUGCAGCAGCGCAGGCCAAUGCCGAUGGAGCGGCUAUUUUUGCGGCAUCUUCGCUGAAGAACGAGGUUGCUGUAAAACUGGAGCGUAGCUACAGUAACUCGACCAACGAAUCUUCUUAUAGCGUCCAGGAGAGUGGCUACAAUAAUGUGUAUGGCAGCAGCGACAGCUCAGUGCACGGUGCGAUCGCCGGACCACAGGCACACUCUUCAACGCUGGACGACUCCGAGGAUGCGCUGUGCUGUGUGCCGCUGUGCGGUGUGCGGAAGAGCACGAGUCCCACCUUGCAGUUUUUCACUUUCCCGAAGGACGAAAAGUAUCUCAACCAGUGGUUGCAUAACCUCAAGAUGUUCCACAUACCCGCUUCCAGCUACGUUAGCUUCCGGAUCUGCAGCAUGCACUUCCCCAAGCGAUGCAUCAACCGCUACUCGCUGUGCUACUGGGCGGUCACGUUUAACCUCGGCCACGAUGACGUAGCCAAUCUCUACCAGAACCGGGAGCUGACCAACAUUACCACUGGCGAAGUGGCGCGCUGCAGCAUGCCACACUGUACCAGCCAGCGGGGUGAGAGCAACCUCAAGUUUUACAACUUCCCAAAGGACAUCAGCCUGAUUAAGUGGUGCCAAAACGCUCGACUCCCGGUGCAGGCAAAGGAACCGCGACAUUUCUGCAGCCGUCACUUCGAGGAGCGGUGCAUUGGCAAGUUCCGUCUAAAGCCUUGGGCGGUGCCCACCUUGCACUUGGGCGCCCAGUACGGCAAGAUCCACGACAAUCCGAAGAAUCUAUACGUGGGAAAACGCUGUUGCCUCAACUUUUGCCGUCGGAGCCGUUCUUCUGAUUUCAAUAUGUCGCUAUAUCGAUUUCCUAGAGACGAAGUCCUGCUACGUCGCUGGUGCUACAAUCUUCGCCUCGAUCCAGGAGUGUAUCGUGGAAGAUCACAAAUAUGCAGCGCCCACUUUAUAAAGGAGGCGUUGGGUCUCGUAACUAUCUCUCAAGGUGCCGUGCCCACACUUCAUCUGGGCCACAAUGAUACCUUCAAUAUCUACGAGAACGAACUGUGGCCCGCCAACACCGACACCUCCUCUUGUCAUCUCCAACAGCAACAGCAGUCAUCUAUGCAUUCGCUACAACAGCAGAUGCAUAGCAAGUCCUAUCAGCGCCGUUCGGUGGCAUCCACUUCGUCAUCGGCUAGCUCCGUAGCUUCGCAUUAUGUGGACCCGGAGAUGAGCGCCUCUUACCAUCUAGCCAUGUCCGCCUCCGCCGGAGGCUCUUCGGCCAUAAACGCUAGUGACAGCAUGGACGUCUGUUGUGUGCCCAGUUGCGAGAGCAAGCGACACAAUAGCGAGAACAUUACAUUCCACACGAUUCCACGACGGCCCGAGCAGAUGCGUAAAUGGUGUCACAAUCUUAAAAUUCCCGAGGAGAAGAUGCAUAAGGGCAUGCGAAUCUGUAGCCUUCACUUCGAGCCCUACUGCAUCGGUGGCUGUAUGCGACCGUUUGCUGUGCCAACCCUUCAGUUGGGUCACGACGACGAGGACAUUCACCGCAAUCCGGACGUGAUCAAGAAGCUGAACAUCCGGGAGACAUGCUGUGUGGCUGUAUGCAAACGGAAUAGGGACAGGGACCAUGCCAACCUGCAUCGUUUCCCUAGCAACGUGGCGUUACUGAAGAAGUGGUGCGCCAAUUUGCAACGCAGCGUGCCCGAUGGCAGUAAGCUUUUCAAUGAUGCCAUCUGUGAGGUGCACUUUGAGGAUCGCUGCCUGCGCAACAAGAGGCUUGAGAAGUGGGCAGUACCUACUCUGAUCCUGGGGCAUGAGGACAUCGCCUAUCCGCUGCCCACCCCAGAGCAGUCACUGAGUUCUAUGCCCGGCCACGGCUCCUAACAAUGGCGAGGAACAGGCGAGUGCUGUGUGGAGACCUGCAAGAGAAAUCCUAGCGUGGACGAUAUCAAACUAUACCGCCCGCCGGAGGAGGCCACCGUGCUAGCCAAGUGGGCGCACAACCCAACGGACGCCAACCAACUGACAAGCAUGAGGAUCUGCAACCUUCACUUCGAGGCGCAUUGCAUCGGCAAGAGGAUGCGGCAGUGGGCCAUACCGACUUUGAACCUAGCCGGCAACAUUGAGAAUCUUUACGAGAACCCAGAGCAAUCGUUGCUGUACAGGCGACGCACGACUCACUUGAAGACGAAGCUGCCGCCAGCCUCCGUGAAGCCCACUUGGGUGCCCAGAUGCUGUCUUCCACACUGUCGCAAAGUCAGAGCCCUGCACAAUGUCCAGCUCUAUCGCUUCCCCAAGCUCAAUCGCUCCACAUUGGCCAAGUGGGCGCAUAAUCUCCAGGUCCCAAUGGUGGGCAGUGCCCAGCGCAGGCUAUGUUCGGCCCAUUUCGAGCCGCAUGUGCUUAAAAAGUGUCCGGUGCCGCUGGCGGUGCCUACGCUCGACCUAAAUUCACCACCCGGCUUAAAAAUCUAUCAGAAUCCGGCCAAGCUAAAGGCCAGCAAACUGUGCCUGCAACGAGUUUGCAUCGUCGAGAGCUGCCGCAAGACGCGGGCGCAGGGCGUGCAGCUUUUCCGGCUGCCGCAUAGUCCUACACAGCUGCGAAAAUGGAUGCACAACAUAAGGACGCGGCCACGAGCAGCUAUGCGGGCUCAGUACCGAGUUUGUUCUCGCCACUUUGAGACGCACUCAUUCAAUGGCCGAAGAUUAAGUGCAGGUGCCAUACCGACUCUGGAACUGGGCCACGAUGGCGACGAUAUCUAUCCCAAUGAAGCGCAGGCAUUUGUGGACGAGCAUUGUGCUGUGGAGGGCUGCGAGGCAUCUAAGGAGCAACCGGAGGUGCGUCUUUUCCGCUUCCCCACCGACGACGACGAUAUGUUGUGGAAGUGGUGCAACAACCUCAAAAUGAAUCCGGUGGAUUGCAUUGGGGUACGCAUCUGCAACAAGCACUUCGAGGCCGAUUGCAUCGGUCCUAAGCACCUGUACAAGUGGGCCAUUCCUACGCAGGAGUUGGGCCACGAUGACGCGCAGAUCGAGCUGAUCCCGAAUCCCAAACCAGAGGAGAGGUAUGUGGAUCCCGUCUUCAAGUGCAUCGUACCCACCUGCGGCAAGACUCGACGGUUUGACGAGGUGCAAAUGAACAGCUUUCCCAAGGACCCGGAUCUAUUCGAGCGAUGGCGGCACAACCUGCGCAUGGAUCAUCUCAGUUUCCAGGAGCGUGACCGCUACAAGAUCUGCAACGCUCACUUUGAGGAGAUCUGUAUUGGAAAAACACGGCUCAACAUCGGUUCCGUUCCAACCUUGGAACUUGGUCAUGACGAUGAGGAUGAUAUUUUCCAAGUGAACCCAGCGGAGCUUCAAAGCAAUUUAUUCGGGCGACAGCGUCGACUGCAGCUCGAGGGAUCCGGCGAACUGAGGGUCAAGCAAGAGCUAUCCGAGACAGAGGACAACAACAAAGCGGAUGUGAUGGUCACAGGCUCCAAUUCCAAGCAGGUGAGACUUUUUGGGCUUAAAAAGAUCUACUUCGGAUCUAAAUGUUGUGUGCACAGUUGUGGAAGAAGUCGCUUGGAGCACGGUGCACGUCUGUUUCCUUUUCACGGCAAGCAGCAGCACCUAAAGUGGCGUCAUAAUCUGCACUUGGAACCAGAGGAGGUGGACCGAUCGACGCGCGUUUGCAGCGCUCACUUUAAUCGACGUUGCAUCGAUGGCAAACAACUGAGGAGCUGGGCGAUGCCCACCCAACAACUGGGACACAACGACCAACCGAUCUACGAGAACCCGAAGAACAUACCCGGUUUUUUCACACCUACCUGUGCCCUGGGCCACUGUCGCAAGCGAAGAAGUAUUGACAACGAUCUGCGUACCUAUCGUAUCCUGAGCGAAGAUCUUCUGGAAAAAUGGCGGCUAACUACGUUGGCUCCGGAUCAGUGUCGUGGUCGGAUCUGUGCGAAUCACUUCGAACCGCAGGUGCGGGAACUUAAGUUGAAGACGGGAGCGGUUCCCACACUACAACUGGGACACGACGAGGGAUUGAUCUACGACAAUGAAGCUAUAAGCGGCAUGGCCGAAGAAGAGGAGAGCAUAACCACAGAGUUCCCGAGACUGAAACCAAAAAAAGAGGUGCUCGGAGAGGAGGAGGAGGGUGAAGGAAUUGAUGGCGAGCAGGAGCACCCAGAUGACCUGGACGACAAUGCCGAUGAAGAAGACAGAGAUGAACAUUAUUUUGAUCCUCUUGAACUAGUAGAGACUUUUGCUGAACAUCGUAGCGAUGACGAAGCCCAGGACUAUGAGGAUGAAGAAGACGAGGAUAGAACAGCUUCCAAGCUCCCACCUUCCCCUCUUCCCCGGCGUUACCAAGCUCCGCGUCGAGACAAGCCGGCUAACAACGUAACGCCCAUUUGCUGCCUGAAGCACUGCAGGAAGGAACGUACUGCCUUCCACCUCCUGAGCACUUUCGGAUUCCCAAAGGAUCGUCAGUUGCUGCUAAAGUGGUGUGCCAAUUUGCAUCUAAACCCGGACGACUGUAUCGGUAGGGUUUGCAUUGAGCACUUCCAGUCGGAGGUACUCGGCACCCGUAAGCUUAAGCAGAAUGCGGUGCCCACCCUUAAUGUGGGACAUGAGGAACCGCUUAGAUACUCGUGUCAUGGCGUGGAUCAGAAUCUCGAGGAGCGGGACCCCCAGCCACAGCAUUCGGUUUUUCGGCUUUGGAGCCUGAAACACUGCCGAAAAGGAAGCUAACGGAGCCGCCGGAUAUUCCCUAGCCAAGAGGAGAGCGCGGAGAUGCCUAUGUUGAAACGAGAGUGGGAGAUGGAGAUGCCGAUGCCAAUGCCGAUUCAGAUGCAGAUGGAGCGGAAGAAUGAGGCAAAGAAUAUAACUCAAACUAAAAAUGAAUCAUAUAUAUGCUGUAUCAGCAGUUGCGCAAACCAGGAAAUUAGCCAACUGCUGGCUUUUCCCGAAGAGAUCCUGCUAAGAAAGUGGAGACAUAAUUAAGGCUGUCUGAGACUGACUACUUCUCUAAGCCUGAAAAAAGUUUGUGUGGCGCACUUCGAUUCGCAGCUGUUGGAGAAUGGAAAACUCAGAAGGGCAGAGGCAAAAGCUGUGCCCACUGUGAACGUGGGCCACAGCAGCUGGAACCUUUACAGAAGCAAUGGAUCUGUCUGUGCCAAAUGCAGCCACACAACCUUCGGACGCGUAAGCUUCAUCGACCUGCCGGAUAACAGCAUAAUUAGGGACGCUUGCUUCUCCUGCCUCAAUCUACCUGAAUCCUGCGAGGAGCAGGCGAGACUAUGUAGUAUCCACUUUAUGGAGGCAUACAAGAAGUUAAUCUUCCUAAUGUUCUGCACCCCCAAGUAUAGAGGCUCUACAAAGUGCUUGGACGAAAUGCAAUGUGCGGUACCCGGCUGUUGUUAUAAGGAUGCUGAUCCGAAUAUUUACCUAAUCCAGCUUCCCGGUAACAAGGAGAUGCUGUCGAAGUGGCUGCACAACACCAAGGUCCCCUACGAUCCUUCUAGGCGCCAAAGCUAUCGUAUCUGCACGAACCACUUUGAAUUAGAUUACUUGGAUACGAGGCCCGCUAAAGGGGCUAUACCGACGCUCCACCUAAACCAUGAAGAUGAGAUUCACUUAAAUACUAGGCCCUUGCCAGAGGAGCAGGGCUCUAUAUUAACUCCACUGCGGAUAAAGACGGAUGUGGCCUUCCUGGGCAGUCCCUGUGCAAGUGCAAGCCCCAGUCCACGGGGCAGAAUCCGGAUAUGCUGCAUUCCCACAUGUGGACAGAUUGGAAGCAGUCAAGUGAGGCUGUUUCGUUUUCCCACCGAGGAGCAGGCGUUGCUCCGGUGGCUGGUGAACACACAACAGCAGCCAAGACUGGUAGAUCAGGACUUGUACGUGUGCCAGUCGCAUUUUGAGCCGGAGGCCAUUUGCAAGAAGCAACUUCGAAGCUGGGCUGAGCCCACACUAAACCUGGGACACGACGGUUAUGUAAUUCCAAAUGCCAAACAUAAUGGAAAUAUUUCGGACAGCCAAGAUACUGAGGAAGCAAUGAGAUUUAUUCGGGAACGCUUCUGCUCAGUCACUUGCUUUCAGGCAGGAGGACAGGAUGAGGAGGGAGUGAGGCUAUUUGACUAUCCCGAGGAUAUGGCGGCUACUCGAAAAUGGGCAGCCGCAUGCAGACAUCGCUCUAUGCAGGCCAGGAGCCAUGGCUUCAAGGUGUGCCAGUUGCACUUCGCUAAGGUCUUUGACCACAAUACUGGAGACUUGAUUGAGGGUGCUGUGCCCACUUUGGAGUUGAGCAGAGAUGAAAUGGAGAGGCAAUGUCUUGUGGCUGGAUGUGUAAAAAAUGAUGCCAAUGGAACUCGCCUCCGCUACUUUAAGAUACCAAAAGUUGCUGCCCAAUUGGAAGCGUGGAGCAAUAACCUUAAAAUCCCUCCAUCGGAUCUCAUGCAAGGGCAGCAGUACAUCUGCGAGAAACACUUUGAGGCGUUCUGCUUCGGGGCCAAUAAAGGACUGCGUUCUGGUGCUCUUCCAACCCUCCUGCUAGGCCAUGAUGAGGAGGUGGAUAUGCUUCCAAAUCCGGAAAGCCUUUUAUGCCAGGAUACGUGCUGCGUACCGGGAUGCGGGCGUAUCUGGCAGACUGGGGAUCGUAAGUUUCGCGGAUUUCCCAAAUUAUUGGCCAUGGCCAAAAAAUGGAGGCAUAACCUUCGUCUGGUAGAGCCCGUGGAGCAACUAGCCAAGCUGAAGGUCUGCAGUACUCACUUUGAAGCAACCUCACCCAACCUGGGCUCAAAUGGAUUAGUUAGUACCUCGAUACCAACCCUGGAAUUGGGUCACUCUUCUCCGGAUAUUUACCCAGCGGAUAUCAGCUUUAAGUUCCAAAAGCGGUCCGGAAUGCCGGCGAAAAUUUAUUGUUGUUAUCCCAAGUGCGAGGAAACCUGUUUGCCCAAGAAUCUCUCUUACGGGCUUCCCCAGGAGAGCUCUAAGGAAAGCUGGCUAAACCAUAUGGACAUAGAAGAUCCGAAAGACGAAGGAGUCGCUCUGCUUUGCCCGCUGCACUGUAUUCUAUAUCAGCACAGUGCCACACACCAUCCGGAGCAUCAUUUCAAGCAAAUGUUUCUUGAAGACAACUACAAUGAAGCGCGGAACAACAGGCGUUUGAAGAUUGUGAGCUGUACGGUCAAGGGCUGUGACAUGGUUAAGCCCCGGGAUGGUGUAGCACUGCACGGGAUGCCGCAAAACAAAGACAUUCUGCAAAUGUGGAUAGACAAUGGCCAGAUUGAGUUCUUAGAGCAACAGCUAAUGUUCAAGGUGUGUCACAAUCACUUUGAGCCAUGCUGCUUCUUCGACGACAGACGUUUGCACUCAUGGAGUGUGCCCACUUUACGCUUACCUGGCGUAAUUCAUCAAAAUCCUACCGCCGAGCAGUGGCAGAGCAUGAUUAAGAAGCAAGAAGGCAAAACAUACGCAGAAGAGAGCGAUGAGCCAGAGCCAUUUGAGGACGUGGUUAAAACCGAGCCCAUUUUGAAGAUGGAGCAUAUCGAAUCGGAAUAUGAAGAUGAAAACCCUGAGAUGCAAGCCCUAGAGGUCCUCCUAGAAGUUGGCCAUGUCGAGCGAAUGGAGAGUUAUGAAAAAAUUGAUAAAUCACCUUUGAUCUACAACGAUAAUGCACCUUUUCGAUCUUCACCCAUACGUUGCCAAUACAAUGCUAAUCACUGUGCCGUAGAAGGAUGCGAGGUGACUGUCGAGGGUGGACGGACGAUUAAACUGCACAAAUUCCCCGCGUCGCAGGAAGCCGCACAGAAGUGGAUGCACAACACCCAAGUUGACAUGGACGAAAAGUUCUGGUGGCGCUACCGCAUAUGCAGUUACCACUUUGAUCAAGAGUGCUUUCAGAGUGCUAGAAUUCGAAAAGGCGCGAUGCCCACGCUUCUGCUAGGACCUCGGCGACCGGAAACGGUGUACGAUAAUGAAUUUGCACUACCAGAUGGGGAAGAACCUUUUCUAGAGCCACCGGAGACUCAGCUUGAGGAUACUAUGACUGUGGCGUCCAGACUUCGAAAGGAGGUCAAUUUAUGCCUGCCCCCACGGGCGCCGCCUCGAAAGUCAAGCAUUUGCCAGAUUGAUUCUUGCACGAACCAUCACACUGAGAACAUGACUCUUCACAAGUUUCCCCAUUCGGAGGACAUGUGCCUCAAAUGGCAGCACAACACGCAAGUCCCAUUCGACCCAUACUACCGUUGGCGUUACCGCAUUUGCAGUGCGCAUUUUCAUCCGGUCUGUUUGGUCAAUAUGCGUCUGGUCCAUGGAAGCGUUCCCACUUUAAAGCUGGGACCCAAGGCUCCUUCCGAGCUGUUUGACAACGAUUUCGAAGCCAUUAACCUAAGGUUGGAUAAAAGGUUGACAGAGUCCAAUGCUAAUGUGUACAUUAAGCAUGAAAGGGAAGAGGAUGAGGAUUCUAUGGUGUUCCUGGAGCCGGAACUCCAGUUACACGAUGAUCAAGACGAUAAGAUAUCAAGCUGGAACAGCAAACUACAAUUACAACCUGUGAAGCAAGAGAAAAUUGUUUACAGCCAGAUCAAGUCUGGCUAUGAUAAGUGUUCCCUGGCUCACUGCCAGCGCCAGUCCCAGCAUGGCGUCCACAUUUAUAAGUUUCCCAGAUCGAGGCGGCAACAGGAACGUUGGAUGCACAAUCUACAUAUUCGCUAUGAUGAGCGGACACCGUGGAAAUUCAUGAUCUGCAGCGUUCAUUUUGAGCCGCACUGUGUCAGCCUCAGGAAGCUGCGACCUUGGGCUGUGCCCACACUGGAACUUGGUGACAAUGCACCAGAAACAAUCUUUUCGAACGAACAGUGCGAGAAGGAGCUGCUGACCGAUCGCAGUGAUCUGGAUAGCGAUGCGGAGGACGAAGACGGCUUACAGGAGGACGACGAUGAUGAAGACGAAGACGAUGUGAAGCCCGAUGUAAUUGGCAUAAAAAGGAGGAGACGUUUUAAGAUAGAUUCCCUGCCCUUAAGCCAGAUUGCACCCUGGAAAGUUAAACAAUGCUGCCUCCCCUAUUGUCGUGCCUUUCGAGGGGAUGGCAAACUGUUUCGGCUUCCGAACAACCGAAACUCCAUUAGCAACUGGGAACGGGCCACCGGCAUGGUAUUCAAAGAGUCGCAAAGGAACACUCGACUAAUCUGCAGCCGUCACUUCGAGCCAGAGUUGAUUGGAGUCAGGCGUCUAAUGCGUAACGCCAUUCCCACGAAGCACUUGAGCCCUCAAGCAGUUAACCAGAUCCGUACUAAAAAGGAGAAGAAUCCUCCUGCCACUAUUAUACCCAUCUGCUGCAUGGCGGACUGUCACUACAAUGGAAAUGUGAAGCUGCACAAGUUUCCAAGUGAUCCUACUCUUCUCAGACAGUGGUGCCAGGCUCUCCGGCUCACUGAUACGCAACGGUAUUUGGGCAAGCACAUUUGCUCCAUGCACCUGCCAAUGAACAAGACGUUGAGUUGUGUCAUCUGCGGUGGGGACAAUGUAGAAUUGCCGAUGUUAAGGUUUCCGGAAAACCGCAACCAGCGCGCCAAAUGGUGUUAUAAUCUCAAAAUUGAUACAAUACCAAAGUGGGACCACUCCAAGCACAUUUGCUGCCGGCACUUUGAGUCCCAUUGCUACAAGCCGGGUGAGCUUCGUCCAGGAGCGGCUCCCACGCUCCAUCUCAAUCACGAUGACACAAACAUAUUCUUCAGCGACUAUGCCACUGGUCUUCCGUCCUCGCCACUAGGCAAUCGAAUCAAAGACGAGCCCCUGGAAUCUGAGUCCGACGAGAUGCUGCUGGUGUAGUCUCCCCUGUUCCCACUCGAAAUCAUUUUAUUCUAGGUUUUAGCUCUACUAUUUUAUAGGCCCUUUUGUACAUUUCUCGUACCCGUGCCACACACAUCACGUCUUCUAGUUUUUACCAAGUAGUCUCUACCAUCUACCAGUGAUUUUAAUGCGUUAUUUAUUCGUAAGUGACUUAAGGAAAAAUUGCC